AUGGUGUGCUGUAGCAGAGCAGCAAGAGGACUGCCGAAGCCGUUUCAUCGGCUCACCCGACCUUCUUCCGCAGCAUCGGCUCUUCCGCCUGCAUUUUUGGCACCUCGUAUCCAUGCUCAGUCAUUCUUGACACAGCCACCACAGCUAGCAUCGGCUUCUCCGUCCAAGGAUUCAACACUCAACUCCGCUCAGAACUUGCGAGCAACGCUACGACGACUCGGCCAGAGCUCGGAAUGGGCCCCGCAAGCUCCUAUAAAGAUGGAAGACUCGAGGAAAGCGACAAAGGAAGAUGGUGUGAGUCGCAAUGAUUCAGCUCGCGACAGCACAAGGGGAACAUCUCAUAGCCCCUCCUUCCGUUCAUCAGCAUCAGGAGCAAAGAGUGAACUCUCUGCGCAGGAGCGAAAACACCAGAUCGGCUUCCGACUGAAAGCGAAAGAGCUUCUCGACCACAUCAACGGUGCCAGUCGUGAUCUCGAGGCACGCACCAAGUCAUCGCGAAUCCCUCCUGCUCAGAUCGACGCAGAGAUCAACGAGAUUUUAGAUCACUUCGACGGCGAAAUGAGGAGCCUUCGUGUUAUGAUCAAAACAAAAGACGUUCUCGAGGAUCCCGACAACGCUUGGAAGUCGGCUUCCCGUAUCAAGGCACCUUGCAAUGCUGCACUACGUCUCUGUUUGCAUCAAGGUAGAGUCGAGCGCGCCACGAAGCUCUUCAAUUCGAUGAAGAAAGACGGCAUCUUCCCCAGCGCCGCUACCUACACCGUCAUGAUUAACGGCUUUUCUCGUGCUCUCACUGAGCAAGGUAGCAGACCCCGUUCGAAUAGCAAUCCAGAAGCCAUGCUUCAAAGCAAGCAAGCUCAGCAAAUCCGUGACUUGUAUCAAGAGAUCGAGAAGCUUUGGAAUCAAGCCUUCCCACAAUACUUUCAACGUAGCGUAGCAGGCCCUCGCUCCCAAUCCGACGACAUCAUGGCCCUUGAUCGCGAAAACUUUCACAAACUCACAGAGCAAGCGUGCCGUAACCUCGUCUCGCAGCAAGCCAGCGUCAACGAGAUCCGCGAUCAUCCAAAGAUGUUUACACAUACCCUCGGUGCCUAUCUCCACUUUCUCCGUCUCGUUGACCUUCGAGACGAGCUUAGACAUCUUUUUGAUCGCCUCUUCCCGUCCGAUCUGAUCGAAAUUAUGGCCAAAGGAUUGGCGCAAAACGCAUCACCACAAGAUAAGCUUGAGUUGGCCAAUCGCAAGUUGUCCGAAUCGCUGCCGCUCGGUGAUGUUAGCACCUUUUCUGCCAUGUUCGUCGAGUCUCCGGUCUCUCCAGCUUCAGAGCGCUUGGCCACCGUUGAGCGCAUCUGGCCUUGCCUUGCCACGCUGAUGGAUUUGGAGUUGCAUGAGAAACAAGCAGCGCCCCAAGCGAAGCCCAGCCAACGUCAGAAGGACGACCGCAGGACUGCAGGAAAGCAUGCUGAGGCUGAUUGGCAUAGAUUCCUUCCAGACGACCGCCUGAUGGCGGAUAUCUUCGCGCAUUUGCAAGCGCCGCCCGAUGAUGCGACGACACAUGGUUUUCGACUUGGUCUUUCGAUCUUCAGUAAAGUUUACGGUCUUGAUCUCGAUUCCACGGCUGACGGCAUCAUCAGAGCACCACAGCCUGACGAGAACGAUCGCACAGGCGGAUUGCAACGCUACUUCACAGCUACUGCCAAUGGAAUCGAUGGCAACGCCCAGCCAAUGGCCGAACUGCGUGAUCCAAUCGUUGCAACGCGUCUCUUUCGUAUGUUGCACAAACGCGAGCUACGCAAACAGCGCAUUGCACUAUUCAACUAUCUCUGGGCACGAGGCUUCGCCGAUCAGCAAGCCGCAAACUCGCAGGAAGACGCGGUCGAAAGCACAAUCUCGGACCCAACUACCUUUGGUAGGACACUUCGUCCAACCUUGGCCCUCGGCAUCCUUUGGGACCUCUGUGAAGCGGGCGAUCCUGUCGGUGCCCGAUUUGUCCUUGAGGCUAUGAAGCGGACCGCCCAAGGUGCCUCGAUUGGUCCUGUCUCGACGCGGGAUGUGAUCUCCCGUCGAGCACGACGGUCUCGGUAUUUUGCUAUCCGAGCUGAUCAGAACGACGCACAGAACUGGAAGCCGUCCGAUCUCAGCUAUAUCCGAGUCUUGCGCGCCAAUUUGAUAGCUCUGCUCGACACUGAAGGGCCUGGCGGUCUCACCGCGACUAUGUUGGAAGAGAGCAGCUCCCCCGCUUCAGGCCUUCCUGGAAAGCAGCCCAAAUACGACGCCUGGACCGAAUCGAAGUCGCUCUUUGCUGAGUGGUGCGACCAGAAGAAGCUCGACAGUGAUUUCCGCCAACCCUCGUCUCGAUGGACUUCCAGCGAAAACGAUCAAGGUCGUCAUACCUUACGUACUGUCAAGAAGAGUGAUGCUGACCGAGGCGGCUUGCCUGAUGGGCUAAAAAGUCGCAUCCACACGGACAACAUGCGUUCCGUCUUCCUUCACAUUGCCAAGUUCUGUGCUAGCCAGCAGGGAGGGGAAGGCGCGCAGGUGGCAAGAGAGGCCUUACAUCUGGUUAAUGACAAGGUCGGCCUUGAAGCGCUCGUCAAGGAAACUCAAAUGUUGCGAGAUGACAUCGCAAUUGCCUCCAAGAGGAUUACGACUUCCCCCCAUAAGGUGCGCACACUCGACUACUUGAGCAAGGUCACGGAUCUCGCUCUGGAUACCUCGAAUCAUUCCUUUGCGCCGAAAGCAGAUGUCGAGCUGUGGAAAUGCGUCAGGAACAUGCUCCCUGCUUCCCACGUGUCUGCUGACAAGGAAGAAAACAAAAGUGGAUCGAAUCGCAGCCGAGAUGCCUGGAAGCAGUUGGUGGGGGGCAGUAACCGAUUGCUGCUGUCCAAAGAUGACUAUCUCGAGUUGGAAGCCGAAGCUGACAAGGAGGAAGAUGUCUUUGAACAAGGUGAGGAAGAACAAGUUCUUCGUGGGUCGUACCGGAUGCAACGUCGCUCGCGCCACGUCGAGCAAGAGCUCGAACGCUGGGUGCGAGGAUCUUCGUCCUAG